AUGAUGUUGCAGAAAGAUGCUUAUUUACAUGUUCGUUAUAAUCUUGGAUCUCGCGAUCAUGAUGUUGCUUUUCUGGAUGCUUUAUUAAAUGAUGAUAAGCAUCAUGCUGUUAUCAUAUACCGACAAGAAGCGAACUUAACUCUUUACAUCGAUAAUCGUCAACCAAUUUAUUAUUCUCCUCUUGGUGAUAAUCUGGAACUUGUUACAUUAAACAUGCAAUGGAGGGUAACAAUUGGUGCAUCAUUUAAUUUGUUACAUCGUACAAAGCGACGGAAACGUGAACGAAUCUAUGAUAGCUAUAAUGGUUUCAUCUCAGGUGUCAACUUUAAUGGCCUGAUGAUAUUGGAUAUGCUGGCACAAGGUUUAUUUUAA